AUGAAUUCUAAGAUUGAAAGCGACUCAAUUAUUGAUCCUGCAGCAAUCUUCGCUAUGCUUUUUGGUAGUGAGCUUUUUGAGGAAUAUAUUGGCCAGCUAGCCAUGGCAUCAAUGGCUUCACUAGAUAUUUUCUCAGAAGGGGAGCGGUUCGAUCCCAAAAAGCUGCAAGAGAAAAUGCGGAUAAACAGGUAUGCAUUUUCUGGUGGACAAGAUUCAAUAGAGAAACAUAGAGAACUUGGAGCACAUCGCGAGCUUACAGGUGUUGAUACGUUGAAUACAAUUGGCUACAUAUAUGCCAGAAAGUCAGCAAAAGAGCUACAGAUGGGUUCAUUUGUUCUAGAUGCUUGCAAAGAUAGGGUAUAUCAUUUGUUGUUAGGCUAUGUUCCUGCGAUCGAUGGAGAUUUAAAUUUUCCUGAUAACUGUGCUCCAUUUACAUUUCAUGAAGGCUUGCUUUCCAGUGAGCAAGGUGCCUACAUUGCAGAGUCUAUCGCUGCUAAAAACAUGAAACAAGCGAAGAGCCGUUUUCGGAUGUAUGAGGAUGCCACAGAUCAUGGUGGUUCUAAUCAUUCUGCAAAAGUAGAGCCAUCCAAUGGUUGUACAGGUGAAAGGGAAACUGGGAAGUCUGCAAAGAAACUUGCUGCAAAUUUGAGCUUGAGAUUGCAAGGGAAGCUGCCCCAUUUGUGGAUCCUGCUGUUUUGGUGGACGGAACUUUCUCUCGCAGUCACUGCUUCGUCCUCCGGGUUCGGCGCCGAAAAAAGACCCAACCUGCCUAGGCGCCUGCCUAGCUACUACCUAGCCGCCUUUGGACCGCCUAGGGACCGCCUAGCCGCCUAG